AUGAGAUUUGAUGCGGUUCGGUUGGAUAAUCUUGACGACUUGAGGAAAUAUUUUGACCAAUGGGAUAAUCAUGUGAUGGAUAUGGCUUUAGAACUAUAUCAACUGCAUCUUCACAUUUUUUGUGCAGUCAUGUAA